CCUCCAAAAAUUCAACUCCACAAAUUUGCAAGUUAUGUUAUUGAUGACAUCACACGUUAAAAUAACCUCAAUAAGUCUGAGCAGAGACCCAAAGUCGAACCUGAGAGGUUGGUCAAAACGUUGGAUGCAGAUUUCGAUUUUAAUAUUAUUGAGUAUUUGUGACAUUUAAUUGAAUUAUUAUGGAGAAUAAGGCUCCUUUGGAGAGUUUAUCAAAUAUCGCACCGUCAUUGGAAUCCAGCCCCAGUAGGAAAUUGUAUGAAGAAGCUCUAACACUGCCAAUUGUGGAUGAGGGUGAAAAAUCAGAGGUUAAGUUCGAUAUGUCAUCUUCAUCAAGUGAUGACGACGACGAAGACCAUCAAAACCCCAAAAUUCCCGAUGGGGGAUGGGGUUGGAUGAUUGUAUUCGCCUCUCUGAUUCUAUCAAUGAUUGCUGACGGAAUCAGUUUAUCAUUUGGUCUUCUUUACGUGGAAUUUCUCCACGAAUUCGGUAGUUCAAAAUCCACCACCUCGUGGAUAGGAUCUUUAUUCAUGGCUGUACCUUUGGUAACAGGACCCAUCAUGUCAGCUUUUGUGGAUAAAUAUGGAUGUAGAUCAAUGACGAUCAUAGGAGGUUUAAUAUCUGCCAUAGGAUUCAUUGUGAGCUCCAGAAUGAACUCCAUCGGAAUCAUGUACCUCACCUUUGGUACCCUAUCAGGCCUAGGUUUGGGUUUAUGCUACGUCACAGCAGUGGUUUCCAUAGCAUUUUGGUUCGAUAAAAAACGUACGCUUGCAGUAGGCUUGGGUGCCGCUGGUACCGGCAUAGGUACCUUCGUUUUCUCACCCCUUACAACAUACUUAAUAAAAGAAUAUGGUUGGAGGGGCACCACUUUGUUACUAUCAGGUUCUUUUCUAAAUAUAUGUGUUUGUGGAGCCCUAAUGCGAGAUCCUGAUUGGAUAAUACAACAAAACAAGACCAAUGAAAGGAGUUUGAAGUCGGGAAAAUCGUCAAAAACCAGUUUGGUGUCGAUUUCGUCGAACUUUCAGAACGUGGUGGAUAUAAAUGAGAUCAAAGAGAUUCUUAAAAGUGGGAAGGAUGCGGAAUAUUUGUUGCAAAGUCUGGAAACUUCUCUGAAAGAUUCUACGAGUGUCGUUCUCAGGAAAACGCAUCAGUCUGUGGUCAAUCUUCCAACGUUUAUCAAGGAAAAUGAAAAAGUACCUGUAGAAGUUUUAGAACAACUUAGCUCAAAUAAAAAACUAUAUAACAUAAUUCUGGAAAACUACCCAAGUUUGCUCCUAUGCAGAAGCACUUCGGAUAGAGGACUGGAUAAAAUAGCAGAAAAUGUAUCUAUGAUUCUGGACAGAGUACCUGUGACAUUCUCUAUGAAACUCAAGAAGGCUGAAAAAGAGAAACCUAAAGCGCCAAUACAUCAAUACUCUUUGCCAGAGGAAACUUUGGCUUUGGAGGUCGAAGAACCUCUACUAGAAAAACCACAAAAAGUACAAAAUUCGCCCCCAAAGAGAAAUCAUUCCUUCCCUUGGUUCAAAAACCAACCAACAGCCCCCACAGGACACCAAAGUUACUUUAAGAACAUCAAAUUCCAUAGGCAAUCUUUGGUGCACAGAGGAGCCAUUUUUAACAAUCAAAAAUACAGAUUGAGGGCUUCUAGUUGUCCAAAUAUUUACAAGGUUUCAAUGGCACAUAUACCGAAGGAAAGAGAAGAGAAAUGGUAUUCAGAAUUCGUAGACCUAGUCAAGGGAAUGCUGGAUUUUUCCCUAUUCUUGGAACUCCAUUUUUUUCUUUUAUCAUUAUCCACGAUAAUAUUUUUCGUAUGGUUCAUAGUGCCUUAUUUUUACUUGGCUGAACAUAUGCUUAGGUACAGAUAUACAGAGGAAGAAGCAUCUCUUACCAUGUCAGUCAUUGGAAUAACCAGCACCAUUGGAAUGGUGAGCUUAGGGUGGGCCGGCGACCAACCUUGGAUGAGCAUAACAAAAACAUACGCAGUUUCACUGAUCCUAUGUGGUUUUUCAUGUGCAGGAAUUAUGUUUUUUACCGAAAAUUUCGUGCUACUUUUAGUCAAUGCUGGAUUAUUCGGCCUCUUUUUGUCCAGUUCAUUUUCGUUUACCCCUGGAAUAUUGGUGGAGUUGGUACCACUGGACAGGUUUACCAUCGCUUACGGUCUACAAUUGCUCUGUAUGGGUAUAGGGAAUUUAUUAGGCCCUCCAUAUGCAGGGCAUCUUUUUGAUGUAUCAGGAUCAUGGGCCCUCUCAUUUUACCAAGCCGCCAUUUGGAUAGUCGUAUCUGGGGUUUUAGUGGGUAUAAUACCAUACACGAAAAAUAGAAAAAUUAUAGGUAAAGGUCCCGUGGAAAAGGAACUAGUUAGCUAAUUCAAAUUAAUUAAUUUAGGUAAAAUAAAUGUAUUCUAAAUAAAAGUUGCGG